UAUAAGACCAUGCUACUUUUCUCAACGACGUCAUUUUUAAUCGGCUCUUUCCACUACAAGCUCUUCUCUUCCCUCCUACUUAUAUCUCCACUAUUUUUCCCGUAUGUCUAUCUCUCCUUUUUCUUUCUGUAUCCUUUUCUCCAUGGCAAAGCUCAAACCCUUCUUCUGAAGAGAGAACAGUUGCAAUGGCUGCACCAAAGGUUGAGAAUGAUGAAGAGUUUAGGGUUCACGUGUUCUCAUCAUCGUCAGAGUUGCUUGAAAAGUUGCAUGAAAAGUGGAAUUCGGUGAAGGAGCUGCCAUAUUCAGCAAUGUAUUCCAGUGUUUUUGGGGGAAUUAUUCUUGAUCCAGCAAUGAUGGUCAUCCCAAUAGAUGAUCAUAUGGUUCAUCGAGGACAUGGUGUGUUUGAUACAGCUAUUAUUCUUGACGGAUACCUCUAUGAGUUGGAUGACCACCUUGACCGCUUCCUUAGAUCAGCAUCAAAAGCAAAAAUCUCAUCUCCCUUUCCACGGUCAAUCCUUCGAAGCAUUCUUAUUCAGCUUACAGCAGCUUCACAGUGCAAGAAAGGAACUCUAAGAUACUGGUUGAGUGCAGGGCCUGGGGAUUUCUUACUGUCUCCUGCAGGAUGCCCUACAUCUGCAUUCUAUGCUGUAGUGAUUAAUGAAAACUUCUCGCAAUGCAAGGAAGGUGUUAAGGUGAUAACAUCAAUGAUCCCUAUGAAAUCACCUCUGUUUGCCACUAUGAAGAAUGUAAAUUACCUCCCAAAUGUGCUCUCCAAAAUGGAAGCUGAAGAGCAGGGAGCAUUUGCGUCCAUCUGGAUUGACGAGGAAGGUUAUAUUGCAGAAGGUCCGAAUGUGAAUGUGGCUUUUAUAACACAUGGCAAGGAGCUUGUUUUGCCUGUGUUUGAUAAGAUCCUUAGUGGCUGCACUGCAUUAAGGCUUCUUGAAUUAGCACCCAAGUUGGUCAAGCAGGGACGUUUGAAAGGUGUAAGAACUGCCAAUCUUACCGUGGAGGAAGCCAAAGGUGCAGCUGAAAUGAUGUAUGUUGGAAGCACACUUCCAAUCUUGCCAAUCAUCAUGUGGGAUGAGAAACCCAUUGGAAAUGGAAUGGUGGGAGAAUUGACAAUGGCACUCUCAGAUCUGCUUUGGGAAGAUAUGGCGACAGGACCCGAAACAAAGAGGUUACUUGUUCCUUAUGCCUAA